UGGCCUCUCGGGUGCGCACGGAGCUGGGCCGAGCCGCCCCUCCUUCCUCCUGUCCGGUUACCUCCGCACAAUGGGCACAGUGUGUGCCUGCGGCUUCCUCGGCGGGAAUUACAGUUGCAUGGGCAGGCACUUUAUCCUUCCUGAUCUCUCCUCUUCCCCCCAGGGUUUUGUUUUCCAGCAGGCUGAGUUCAAAAAGGGCACGAGAUACCGCUGGCAAGCAGUCUGGCGCUAAACAAACCUUUUUAGUCAGAAUCACAUGGAUUAGACCCAACUUUCCAUUCACAUGCAGUGCUACCUGCGAGUUUCUCUGAAUUUCACGGUGGCUGGGCUGCUACUCUGAGUGCGAAGGCGGCUGAGAUAGCACCCGAAGCCCGUGACGGAGGUCUCCAGCACAACUCGCCGGGGUAGCUGUGUGCUGCUGGUGACUCUGGGGGCAUAUCCAGUGCAGACUGCCAAAGCUGCUCUCCUUCAAGGAGAUGCUCUAGCUCUGCCAGACAGCAAUCUGAGAGCCGGCUGCCUAGGAGACUGCCAAAGACACCUUGUCUUCAGCCAGAGGUGAAGCUUGAUGCACAAAGUCCUUGGGCUACUCUGAACAGCGCAGCUAGAGUCUGUCCCUGAGUAAGGAGUAUUUUGGCAGAUUCUUCCUCUUCCUCCCUUGCCCCCAAACUCUGUCCCACCAACUAUCAUGCCCCCUUUUGUUCAUCCCCUGCUUGCAGCAAGUUUGGAGGACAGUCUGAAUAGCAUCGUGCUGCCUUUUUAUGGUAAAUAUGUGGCAAGAGAGCACUGUAGGAUGGGCGGCUUCUCGGAGCAGCAGCAAGUGCAUGAGACUGGGCAAGCCUUAAAUUGCCUUGGCUUACGUGCCCAUGCUGUGUGUGGCAGCAGGAGGUGAAGGGAUGGGUCGAGGGACUAGUUUCUCUCUUGACUGUGCCCAGAAUGAUCUAGGAGCAAUUCUUGCCUUAGUGCUUACUGUCAGUCUGGGUGCUGAGGGCUUGUGCUUACUGGAAAUCCACUGGCUGUAACCGAGGCCAAAUAGUUCCAGUGCUCUGGUGCUGAGGGGUGCAGGCUCAGCACUAACGGUUAGAAAAGAAGCAAACGAAAAAAAAAAAAACAAAUGUUCUGCCAGUCCAUCUGUGGGUACAAUGCUGAAGUCCAGCUUGCUUGGCUCUCAGUGUCUUGCUCUUUGCUCAGAUCCAUGAGACCAUGCCAUUUCUGGGAAGCCUGACUUCAGGUGCAGCACUGCCAUGGGUAUAAGGCACUUCAUCCUAAGUAAGCCUCAAUCACAUCUUUCAGAGUGCUGGGGUGAGGAUGUUUUUGUACAGUACCUGCCAGGGUUGGAGCUGGGGAGCAGGAUGUGGGAGAAUACACUCAAUAUAUUGAUGCUGUGUCUUGGGAGAUGGGUAAUUGGGGUGGGAAGUGGAUAUUCUCCCCAGCCUUGUUUUCCUGCUGACCUUCCCCUGCCAGAAGGGAAGUAGCCUGGCAGUAUGAGGUCAGGGAUGUGGAUUUUUCUGGCUGUGGUUUGAAAGCGAGCAGUUCUGAUGAAGAAUGAGAUGGCCUUUCUGGCCCUGUCUCUUUAGGGCAUCCCUUCCUGCCCGUCUCAGCUCUCACACCAUGGUCUGGUUAUGUAUUUUCUUCGCUUCUGGAUGAGCUCAGCCAAUACUUUGGGAUAGCUAGGGAUAAAUUAUGAAUUGCUCCAAAUAACCUGUAGAUGGAAGCGUGUCCAGGGAGUAUUUUAGUCCCUGUUACAUGAACCCUGCCUAGAAUGGAAGGCCUCAUUCACUCAUGAUAUCCCACUGGAGGCCAACACCUUCCAUGAGAGCUCCAAAUCUCUGUCCAAAUGAGGAGACAAGGGCAGUGAAGCACACCAGGCUCUGAGCAUGGCAAUGUUGGUGGUGGCAGCUUGUAGUUCUGAUCUUGGAAAGCCCUCCUGGGGUCUGGAAAGGCAACAGCUGGCAGGGGAAGCUGGUGGUGUAGUACCUAAGUUCCUGAAGUGUUUCUGUCAGAUCUGUUACUUGAAGCAGUAGUCUGACAGGAAGGGAAACCCAGGUCAAACAAGCUUAAGGGGCCUUUUUAUGUGUGUUUUGACUUAGAGGCAUUUUGUUGCUGUUCUCUGUUGGGGUGCCCCUGCCCUUCUCAGCUUAGCUCAGGCUUGGCAUCUCUGGAGAAAGACUCCUUUUGGCUUCCCAGGAGGAACAACAUGUCUGGCAAUAUGUGCAGAGCCCUGCCGUGAGAUACUGACUGCCUCCUGCCUCCAGAUGCCUUUUCCAGAAAGCCAUUUAGAGCCACAGAUUGUUACUUGGAUAACUCCCUUCCCUGAUUCAUUAGCAAUGUGCAGUCUCUCCUGUAAUACUCAAAUCUGCCUGUGCCAAGGGCUGAAAGGGAGAGGCCAUGUCUUUUAAUAACCAUGUGAUGCAGUUGGAAAAAACUUUUGGACACAUAGUUCUCUGGUGGCCUGAGUUGAUGGAAACACUCCAAGGGAGAGACACAGCUGGGCCCUGAGGGAGAGGGCACUGCAACUGCUUUUGGAUGUGUGAGGGGUAACUGCUUGAGCUUUCUGACCUUCCUUUCACCCAGCAUCACCCUAAGCUCCCCUGAUCCCACCUGGAGAAGGCAGCAGACCUGGAGAUUGGUCCCGCCAUGUCGCAGAUCUUGCAGGUCCUGUGUGUGGUGUUGUGUAAAUAACUGCUGGUGGCUGGGUUGAGGCCGUAUGAUGUGGGUUUCAUCCUGGAGAUGAGACUCCUGCCCUGUGCAGAUGGGAACUCUGCUGUCACAGUGGCGCUGUGGUGGAUCCCAGUGGACAGUGCUGCUGUGUGACAGGCACAUAUCUGGGUCUCCCCACUCAGAGAUCUGAUCUCUGCUGAAGGGGCCUUUGCUUUUCAAGCUCUUUGCUGCUAAAGUACUCAGUGCUGUUGCCAGUAGCUUCUGCUUCUUAGCCCAGGUGGAGGGACUUGGCUCUUACCUGCUGAACUGUUCCUGGAAAUGUAAAGCUCUGGUAGCACCUGGGCGAGGGCUGUGGGGUGUAUGCCAGGAGGGUUUGGCACUCUGGUUCGUAUCCUGUUCCUACUGCUCCAGAAGUAUCCAUCUCUUGAGUUUCCCCUCCUAGACCCCUUUGGUUGGGCACAGGAGCUGACUGAUCAGGACAAGCAGUGGGGACGAUGGAGGAGACAGAUGUCUGCUUACUGACAUGUGCUGUAGGGUUCAUACACGUCCUCUCUCACUGGCUGCCGCCUUGUAGCCAGAAACUGAGGGAGACUCACAGAGCAGAAGUUUUGAUGGGCCUUGUUGCUGAAGAAGGGUUCUGCUGAGCAGUGCAGUUCUGUACUUCACUAUUGGAAUUGCUGGAUUUCACCGUUCAGGUAGCAGCUGUUGUUACUAUUUUUUAUUUCCAGCCCUUGUUGGGAUUGAUGUCACCUCCCUUCUGUAUUGUGCUGUGCCAGGCUGGCCUGGGGUUUGCUGUGGUUAGAGGGGUGCAGGAAUACAGCACACUGCACACUUGUUUCUCAGUUUGGACUUUUAAAACAGGUGGGACAGACCAGAUACAUGCUUUUAGUAGUUUUUUACCUGCUUUUAAGGUCGUGCUCUUGCUGCAUCUUAGAGUAAUGAUGUGUGGAUAUAGUCUUUAAAUCACAAUUCCCAACUCUUCUGCGAUUCCUUUGCCCCAGCAUAUUACUAUGUCUGUGCCUCUCUUUUGGGCUUUCUCCUGAUAAGGAUCCUUCUAGCCUCCUGGGAGAAGGGCUUAUCCAUUUCAUCCUGGAGUUGUGGAAUAUGUGCGCCCAACUCUGUGGCAGUUGGAGGAAAGGGGUGCCCUGGCAAAAUCCCAGCAGAGGAAGAGGAUUUCCUCAGGAGGAGUAACAUGCAGAUUACUCUGCUCUCUUCAGCACAAGUAGCGUGCAUGAUGUUUUUUGCCUGCUUUCUCUCUCCUCUGCCUUUACUCCUUCUCUCUCCCUGUAUGCAUCUCUUUGGAUAAACUCUCUUAACUGCCAUUAUGGGGCUGCCCAGGGCAUGUCACGGGGGCUCAGGUUACUGGGCAGAUAGUUAAUCCCUUUAUUGCCUCACAAGUUAGACACUUGCUGCUCCUAUCAUAUUUGGGAGGGGGCCAGAGAACUUGCAUCCCUCCCCCAGUUCCUGAUUCUGCUGAAGGAUUGGUGUGAGGACUCGCACGUGUUGCGAUGGGACACGGUGGCUGUGGCUUUGCCAGCAAUUCUGGAGACACGUGUAUAGCCCUCCUUGAAUGGGUGGGGAAUGUGCCAAGGACAGUGCAGCAAACUGGGACUGGGAAUAUGCAGCAUGCAUAGUCGUUCUCCCCUGUGCUGUCUGGGUAGCCUUGGGUGACACUGAGCCAUGCUUUGUGACAGGUGGAGGACAGAGACAGGGCCAAGGUGUUGGGUGCAACUCUCAAACGUGCAGCGGCCUGUCCUCAGAGCUCUCUUAUGCAGGAGCUCUUCACGUGACUAUCUUUUGGGUUUCAGGUGACAGCAAGCUCCAAAACUCUCAAGUACAGCUGAGAUGUCUUAUCUGCCCUUCAAGCUGAGAAUCCUUGCUUAGAGGGGGGGUCCUCACAGGCACCACCAGGCUGUGCCGACUUCUUCAGCUGUUCUAGCCACUCCUGCAACAUUGGAAGCCUUCAAAGGCUCUAGGAUGCCUGGGCCAGCCGGACUUGGGUUGCCCACCUGAUCCUUGUUGCCUAUGUCCUGCCAGCACAUCAUGUUGCGCUCCUGGCGCAUGAAGCUGAAGUUGCUACUUGCCACAGUGACCUUGGCCAUUCUCCUCUCCUGGCUCUACCUCUUUGUGGGCAGCCUCGAAUAUGGCCGCUUCCUCCUGCUGCCGCCCUGUCUGGGCGAGCAGCCGAGCCGGGAUGUGGAGCGGGAGGCGCUGGCCUCACGGGUGCGCAGGGUGGAGGAGGAGAACCAGCAGCUCCGGCUGCAGCUCGGCCAGGCUCAGGCGGAGGGCAGCGAUGGCAGCCCGCAGUGGGGGGCUUCUGCAGAGGACAGAGACCCCCCUGGGGGUGAGAGGAGCAACCACACGGCCUGCCCCAAGCAGCGGACAGUGCACAAGUGUGAGCUCCUUCAUGUGGCGAUUGUGUGUGCCGGGCACAAUGCGAGCCGGGACGUGGUCACCCUGGUGAAAUCCAUCCUCUUCCACAGGAAAAACCCCCUUCACUUUCACUUCAUCACGGAUUCAGUGGCCCACCAGAUCCUCCAGACACUCUUCCAGUCCUGGAUGGUGCCUUCCGUCCAUGUCAGCUUCUACAAUGCCGAUGAUUUGAAGCCAGAGGUGUCAUGGAUCCCCAACAAGCACUACUCUGGCAUCUAUGGGCUGAUGAAGCUGACACUUACCAAGGCACUACCCUCCAACCUCUCCAAGGUCAUUGUCUUGGACACAGACAUCACGUUUGCCACCGACAUUGCUGAGCUCUGGGCUGUCUUUGGAAAGUUUUCUGAAAAGCAGGUGAUUGGGCUGGUGGAGAACCAAAGUGACUGGUACUUAGGCAACCUGUGGAAAAACCACAAACCAUGGCCAGCCCUGGGACGUGGCUUCAACACAGGGGUGAUCCUGCUCCUGCUGGACCGCCUGCGGCGCCUGGGCUGGGAGCAGAUGUGGCGGCUGACAGCAGAGCGGGAGCUCAUGAGCAUGCUCUCCACCUCGCUGGCUGAUCAGGAUAUCUUCAAUGCGGUGAUCAAGCAGGACCCAUCCCUGGUGUACCGGCUUCCCUGCUUCUGGAAUGUGCAGCUCUCUGAUCACACCCGCUCAGAGCAGUGCUACACUGAGCUCUCAGAUCUCAAGGUGAUCCACUGGAACUCGCCCAAGAAGCUGCGGGUGAAGAACAAGCAUGUGGAGUUCUUCCGUAACCUCUACCUGACCUUCUUGGAGUAUGAUGGGAACCUGCUGCGCAGGGAGCUUUUUGGCUGUGCCAGUCUUCCCAGCCCACCCAGGGACCAGUUGCAGCAGGCGCUGGAGGAGUUGGAUGAGGACGAUCCCUGCUAUGACUUCCGCCAGCAGCACCUCAUGCAGCACCGCAUCCACCUGUUCUUCCUGCAGUAUGAGUUCCUGGCCUUUCCCAGCCCCACCGAUGUCACCCUCGUGGCCCAGCUCUCCAUGGACAGGUUACAGAUGCUGGAGGCCAUCUGCAAGCACUGGGCAGGCCCCAUCAGCCUGGCGCUGUACAUGUCGGACGCCGAGGCGCAGCAGUUCCUGCGCUACGCCCAGGCCUCAGAGGUGCUGAGCGCCCGCCGCAACGUCGCCUACCACAUUGUCUACAAGGAGGGGCAGUUCUACCCCAUCAACCUCCUGCGCAACGUGGCCUUGGCCAACACGCAGACGCCGUACGUCUUCCUGACGGACAUCGACUUCCUGCCUAUGUAUGGCCUCUACGAUUACCUCAGGAACUCCAUCCAACAGCUGGAGCUGCCCCAGAGGAAGGCAGCUCUCAUUGUGCCGGCAUUUGAGACCCUGCACUACCGUCUGACCUUUCCCAAAUCCAAAGCAGAGCUGCUCUCCAUGCUGGACAUGGGCUCCCUCUACACCUUCAGGUACCACGUGUGGCCAAAAGGCCAUGCCCCAACAGACUACGCCAAGUGGCGGACGGCCACCGUGCCCUACCGCGUGGCGUGGCAGCCAGACUUCGAGCCUUACGUUGUAGUGAGGCGAGACUGCCCCAGGUAUGACCAGAGGUUCGUGGGCUUCGGCUGGAACAAAGUCUCCCACAUCAUGGAGCUGGAUGCACAGGAGUAUGAGCUGCUGGUCCUGCCCAAUGCCUUCAUGAUCCACAUGCCCCAUGCCCCCAGCUUCGACAUCUCCAAGUUUCGCCUGAGUGCGGGGUACCGGGGCUGCCUCCAGACGCUGCGGGAGGAGUUCCACCAGGACCUGUCACGGCGAUACGGGGCUGCUGCACUCAAAUACCUCACUGCCGAGAGAAGCCUGUGAUGCCUGGGGACAGUGGGUGUGGGGUACGAGCAGCACACUGGAGAAGGGAGGGCGCAGCGCCUCCCUCCUGCCCCUGCCCACCACCGCAGCCCAGCCCGAGGGAAGGGAGUCGGCAGCACAGCCUCUCCAGCCCACCAAAGGGAUGCCUGUAGAUAAGAUGGAAGACAUCAGCUGCAAGAACAGGCAGUGCCUGCAGGUCAAGCUGCUGCAGCCUUCCUGUGAUACAGGGGAACCUCCCCAUGCCAGGAGCCAGGGGUGGGGUCUCCUCCCUUCCCCUUCCUAGCGGAUGUGGAUUCUUCAUUAGCUCACCUCACCUUGAGGCCUGGCUCCUCCAGAGAUCUGGGAGCUGUACCCUACCCUGUUCUGCCUCUGCUCAAUGGUCCCAGGUCUCACUCCUCCACACACUCCUCUGGGGCUUUGGUGAGUUGGAGAUGAGGUUUUGGAGCAACCUUUUACAUACUUUGUGGAGCAGGCUCAGAGGAGGCCUCCCAGCACCCUAGGAGGAGCAGCCAGGGUGUACUGCGAGCAGUUGGAGCCUUGGUACAAAGCCAGAUCAAGGCUGGCUGGUUAAUGGGGGGAAAUAUUAUUAUUCCCCAUCUGUAUGGAUGCAGUCUCCAGUGGAGCUGGCCCCAUACAGGUGGUGUGGGGGGUCACCCAGAGCAGGCUGCGCUGUCUGUUGUUCCCAGCAGUGGGCUCCCAGGAUGGACCUGCACCUCCCAGCUGGGAGCAGCCAUGCUGGUGACAGACCCUGUCCUGUGCUGGUAUUGUCCCAUGGGGCAGGGAUGCCAGCCAUCCCCAUGGGCGAAACAGCAGCUUCAUGGGCCAGCACAGGUGGGGACCACCUUCCUCCUCCCCAGCUCUUUGCAGCACAGUUGUUGCCAUCAACAAUCAGGGACGUGACUGACACUGGACAAGACCAUAGCUGAACACUGGCAAGAACCCUAUGCUGGGAGCAGCUUGACUGGACACUGUUCUACUGCUAUCACACACUGGAGCACAGAGGAUAUAUUGCUUUCCUCACACUAUUUAAAUUAUUUAAUACUUUCCUCGUAAGAAUUCCAUAAUUAGGGUGUCUGGGGUUUUUUUUAAAUCUUUUCUUCUUCCCAGAUGAUUUUGCUGGUGGCCCUGGAGGCUCUCCAGGCCAGUUGCUGCUGCAGUUUCCACUGUUCUCUCCUUAGCUUUGCUCUGGGCUGCAGGGGCCAGCUCUGUACAGGGUGAGGGUUUCCGUCCAUGGUGGGAGCGGCUACGAGGAGCCAUAGAAAGCGCGGGAUAUGGGAAGGGCACAAGCGCCUCUUGCUUAUUCUCUCUUUUUAAUUUAAUUUUUA